AUGCUAGGCAAGGCAACGGCAAGGCAACGGCAAGGCAACGGCAAGGCAACGGCAAGGCAACGGCAAGGCAACGGCAAGGCAACGGCAAGGCAACGGCAAGGCAACGGCAAGGCAACGGCAAGGCAACGGCAAGGCAACGGCAAGGCAACGGCAAGGCAACGGCAAGGCAACGGCAAGGCAACGGCAAGGCAACGGCAAGGCAACGGCAAGGCAACGGCAAGGCAACGGCAAGGCAACGGCAAGGCAACGGCUAGGCAACGGCAAGGCAACGGCAAGGCAACGGCAAGGCCUUAUAAAAACUUUAUUAAAUAUAUGUUAUACUUUGUCAUUUUCUUUGAAUUUGCGUAA